GACAAUCAUUUGGGGUAUUCUCAUUGUGGUCUACAUUUCAAAGACCUUGGAAAUGUUCGAUAUUAUUCUAGAAAUUGUCAUUUUACUAUUCAAUCUUCUUAUACAAAACUUGAUUUCCUUAAUCAAAUACGCUCUACCUUAUUCUCUUCUCCCCAAAAAAGAUUUAUAUCGUAAGAAAGUUUUGAUCACUGGAGCUGGAAAUGGUCUAGGAAAACUGUUGGCUCAAAAGUUUGCUGCUCGAGGAGCCACUUUGAUUCUUUGGGACAUAAAUCUUCAAUCAGUCGACGAAUUGAAAAACGAGAUUAGAGGAAAUCAAGGAGAAGCCCACUCUUAUGAGGUUAAUUUAUGUGACCCCGGAAAAAUUGCACAAGUUGGUCAACAAGUAAUAAAUGAUAUAGGAAAAGUUGACAUUUUGGUGAAUAAUGCUGGAAUUGCAACAGCAAAAAUGAUAUUGGAUAGCAGUGAAAAUGAGAUAAAUAGAUCGUUCGAUGUGAAUGUGAAAGCACAUUUUUAUACAGUUCAACAAUUUCUGCCAGCAAUGCUGAAAGACAAUAAUGGACAUAUUGUCACAAUUGCUUCAGCAGCCGGUAAAAUGGGAUCUUCUGGUCUAGCUGAUUACUCUUCUACAAAACACGCAGCAGUUGGAUUUCACGACUCAUUAGUUGCUGAAAUAAUGGAAAGUGAAAAAAAUGGAGUGAAGACAACACUUGUUUGUCCGUAUUACGUUCAUACUUCGAUGUUUGACGCCACUGGAGCAGCUACCAGAUUCCCUUGGAUUUUCCCAAUUCUGGACACUGAUUACGUUGUUCAGAAAAUCUUUGAAGCAAUUGAAACGGAACAAGAGUUUCUCGUAACUCCAAGAGCUUUCUAUUUGGUAUUUGCUGGAAUUCAGAUUCUUCCAUACAAAGCUCAGGCAAUGGUCGCACAAUUCUUUGGGCUUGUGCAAAACUUGGAAAGAUUCCACAAAUAGAUUUUGUAGUCUCCAUUAUAAAUAACUUCAUUUGUAACAAAUUUUGCAAAAACUUCAAUAAAAAUAAAGUUUAAACUUUUCUCA